GGUACACAGUGAACGCGAGGCUCCCUCCUCCCCGGGGCUUUUUCCGCUCCCGCAGCCCCAGAGCCUGGGAGAAAGGGCCGGAGAGCCCGCCGUUUUAUUGCGCAGUCAGGGCGGCUGGGACCCUGACUGUCCCCAGCUAAGGCGGCAGCCUCCCCGCGGCGCCCGGCUGUGACGGCCACGCGGCGCCCCGGCGCUGCACGAGAAGGGAGGAGCGAGCCGUCGAGGCCCAAGGCAGGAAAGAGACGCGCACGCGCCACUCAACGACAGCUCGCACGCCAGCGGUUGGACGGCGCGCGCCUCCCCCUCGUCCCUCCCCACCUUCCCCCCUCCCCUCUGCCCUCGCGUUCUCCAUGCGACGUCGCUGAGCAAGAAGCCGCCGUGUCGGACGCGGCAGAUUCGCCAUAAUCCGCCACCUCGCUUUUCUGACCCCCCAUUAAAAAUAAUAAUUUCACAAGGAGCGGGGAAGCCCGCGGGUCGCCCGGGUGGCCUCGUCCACUGGGACGGAAGUGCUUUAAAAAACCCCACCGUGGCCUUAUUUCACUACUACCCCCCUCCCGCGACCGACUAUGGAGGCUCCGGCUGCAGGAAUCAAUUCCAUCUUCAUGUGUAAACUUUGUAACUUAUUUUCACCGAAUCAGUCAGAACUGUUGACUCAUGUCUCUGAGAAGCAUGCAGAAGAUGGGAUUAAUGUGGAUGACAUUGUUAUUCCUCUCAGACCACUUACAGCACCCGCAAAUACAAGCAAAAGUGGAGAAGAACUUCUUGUAGUGAAGAGAAAAAGGGGCAGACCAAAAGGGUCAACUAAGAAGUUCUGUGCAGACGAAGAAUCAGCAGAAAACAAUAACUGCAUUCCAAGCGAGGAAACACAGCAAGGGCCAGAGGAAGGAACAGAAUUGGCUGAAGUUUUACCAGGCAACUUGGAAUGCCGGAAAUGUAGUCGGAAGUUCUCUAACCCACGUCAGCUAAGAAAACACAUCUGCAUUAUUGUUUCAAAUGAAGGAGAGGAAGAAGGAGAUCCAGGUAAUGAUUCUGACGUUGACCUUGACAGGAAGGAAGAUGAGCGAGAAAAAACUCCGAAGAGGCCACGGAUACAGAAAACUGAGAAGACACUAUCCGCAAAGGAAGGCGACCAGAUUUCAGGAGCUAAAAAUCCUAUUAUAAGUGUGGUUUUGACAGCACAUGAAGCUAUUCCAGGAGCUACAAAAAUUGUUCCAGUUGAGGCUGCUCCCCCAGAAACUGAAUCAGCAACAAAUCCUGAGACAGCAGUACCAGACACAGCUCAACGAAGAGGGUAUCAAGAAUAUGCCAUUCAACAAACUCCAUAUGAGCAGCCAAUGAAAUCAAGCAGGUUAGGUCCUACUCAGCUAAAAAUUUUUACAUGUGAAUACUGCAACAAGGUGUUCAAAUUUAAACACUCUCUUCAGGCUCAUUUGAGGAUUCACACAAACGAAAAGCCUUACAAAUGUUCAUACUGCAGCUAUGCCAGUGCUAUAAAAGCCAACCUCAAUGUCCACAUGCGGAAACACACAGGAGAGAAGUUUAGUUGUGAUUACUGUGCAUUCACCUGUCUCAGCAAAGGCCAUCUCAAAGUCCAUAUUGAGAGAGUCCACAAGAAAAUUAAGCAGCAUUGCCGCUUCUGCAAAAAGAAAUACUCAGAUGUCAAAAAUCUAAUUAAACAUAUCAAGGAAACACAUGACUUGCAAGACAAAAAAGUGAAAGAUGUAUUUGAUGAGCUCCGCUUGAUGACCCGAGAAGGCAAGAGACAACUGCUCUAUGACUGCCAUAUUUGCGAACGUAAAUUCAAAAAUGAACUGGAUCGAGACCGACACAUGCUAGUCCAUGGUGAUGAAAGGCCCUUUGCUUGUGAACUUUGCGGCCAUGGAGCCACAAAGUAUCAAGCACUCGAACUUCAUGUCCGAAAACAUCCAUUUGUGUAUGUUUGUUCUGUGUGUUCGAAGAAAUUUGUCAGUUCUGUAAGGCUUCGUGCACAUAUCAAAGAACUGCAUGGACAUUUACAAGAAACUUCUGUUUUUAACAGUUCUAUCAAUCAAAGUUUCUGCCUUCUGGAACCAGGAGGUGAUAUCCAGCAGGAAGCACUUGGAGAACAGUUAUCACAGAGUGCAGAUGAGUUCACUCCCGUAGGUGCUAAUGCUCUUAGCGUACCAAAGCAAUCUACUUGUAAAGGUGAAUCAAAUACCAUAGAUGGAAGCCAUAAUGAUCUGCCUGGUAGUCUUCUGAAGAUUGAGACUGCCCCUUCUUUAGAAUUUGAAAACUUGCCGGUGGAGAAUGUACCAGAAACACCACAUCAACCAUCAACAGACCUAGCAGCACCAGACCCUCAAUCAGACCUGGCUUCAGAUUGUUUCUUAUUGAAAAAUGAUACCUGUGCUUCCAAUGAGCUAAAGGCUUCUCAUGAAAAUGUGCAGAAAGUCAGUCGUGAUAGUUCAGUGAAUAUGCAGGGUGAGGAAAUUCCGCUGUUGUCUGGAGGCAAAAGCUCUAAUAUAAGUCAGAAAAAUAUAGACAUUGAGAACCUUUCAGCUUCCAAAGAGAAAGUUCAACCCUUUUGUCUUAAUGAAUUAGAAACUAGCAAGUCACCAAAUCAAAACACAGAUGAGUCCACAAACCCUGCUACAGCAUCAGAUUCAGUCAUCAGUCCACAGCUGGACUCUCAUAAUAUGACUUCUGAUAAUCGAAGUGGAGCUGUUGCCUUUAUGCAGAUAUUGGACAGUUUACAAAAGAGACAAAUGAACACAGACUUGUGUGAGAAGAUCAGGAAGGUGUAUGGAGACUUGGAAUGUGAAUACUGUGGCAAGUUGUUUUGGUACCAGGUGCAUUAUGACAUGCAUGUUCGUACUCACACUCGAGAGCAUUUGUAUUACUGUUCCCAGUGCAAUUAUUCCUCCAUCACCAAAAACUGCCUUAAGCGUCAUGUCAUUCAGAAGCACAGUAACAUUUUGCUGAAAUGUCCCACCAAAGACUGUGACUACUCCACUCCAGAUAAAUACAAGCUCCAGGCACAUCUUAAAGUUCACACCGAGCUGGACAAAAAGAGUUAUUCCUGUCCUGUGUGUGAGAAGUCAUUUUCUGAAGAUCGACUUAUAAAAUCACAUAUCAAGACAAAUCACCCUGAGGUCUCAAUGAGCACCAUCUCAGAGAUUCUAGGCAGGAGGGUUCAGUUGAAAGGAUUAAUUGGAAAACGAGCUGUGAAAUGUCCCUAUUGUGAUUUCUAUUUUAUGAAGAAUGGAUCAGACCUUCAGCGUCAUAUUUGGGCUCAUGAAGGUGUCAAACCAUUCAAAUGUUCUCUUUGCGAAUAUGCCACUCGCAGCAAGAGUAAUCUGAAAGCUCAUAUGAAUCGCCACAGCACCGAGAAAACGCACCUGUGUGAUAUGUGUGGAAAAAAAUUCAAAUCAAAAGGCACUUUGAAGAGUCAUAAACUCCUCCAUACUGCUGAUGGAAAGCAGUUUAAAUGUACAGUGUGUGACUAUACUGCAGCUCAAAAGCCACAGCUCCUACGUCACAUGGAACAACAUGUCUCUUUCAAGCCUUUCCGUUGUGCACACUGUCAUUAUUCCUGCAAUAUAUCUGGCUCCCUGAAGAGGCAUUACAACAGGAAGCAUCCCAAUGAAGAGUAUGUUAAUGUAGGUACUGGUGAACUUGCUGCAGAAGCCCUUAUCCAACAAGGUGGCAUUAAAUGCCCAGUUUGCAGUUUUGUGUAUGGUACAAAAUGGGAGUUCAACAGACAUCUUAAGAACAAGCAUGGCCUGAAAUUAGUGGAACAUGACGGGGAAGCAAAGUGGGAGCUAACAACUGAAAUUUCUGAGGAAGCAUCCACUCAGUAUCUGCACAUCACAGAGGCUGAAGACGUUCAAGGAACUCAAGCUGCUGUAGCUGCAUUACAGGACCUAAGAUAUACCUCAGAGAAUGGUGAAAGACUUGACUCUACCGCUGUAAACAUCCUUCAGCAAAUCAUUGAAUUGGGGUCAGAGACCCAUGAUGCUGCUGCUGUUGCUUCUGUAGUUACCAUGGCACCUGGAACUGUUACAGUGGUAAAGCAGGUGAAAGAAGAGGAACAAUCAGCCAAUCACACUGUAAUGAUUCAAGAGACUUUGCAGCAGGCAUCAGUGGAGCUGGCUGAACAGCAUCACCUGGUAGUCUCAUCAGAUGAAGUGGAGGGAAUUGAGACCGUGACAGUAUACACACAGGGUGGAGAGGCCUCUGAGUUCAUAGUUUAUGUGCAGGAAGCUAUGCAGCCCGUAGAAGAACAGACAGUGGAACAAUCUGUUCAGGAAAUCUAGACAAAAUAUUUGUAAGCAAUGGCUACACAGUACUGCUGAAGCCAAACUCUGAAUUUUCAAUGAAGACUUAAGGACCGAUACGAGCUGGGUGCUAGCAAAACUUUCAGCUGCUCCCUAGUCCUCUGGUUAUUGAUCAGGCUGCUGGCAUUUUGCCAAUCAAUAACACAUUCUGUACAUUGAGCCUCAUAUAGGCUGCUGAAAAAAUGCUCAUGUUUUUAUAUUUUCAAGAGGAAAUAUUCUGACACUUCUAAAAAAUUAUAUCCUGCAAAUCCUCAGAAAUAGAGUUGGUGAGUUAAAAGCCAUUUCCCCGCAGGGUAACAAAACAAUAUCUAUGUCAUCCUGCAACAAAAGGUAAGCCAGAAUGCAAAAGAAAAGUGGGCUGGUGGAGACUUUGGAUAGCUUCCUAGGAAAACUUCCAGGUUUUGGUUUUUUAGUUUGAUACCUGCCUUUAGUUUCAUAUGCAGUUCAAGAAGAUGGUACACCUGAACUCAGCCACAUGGAUUUAGAGGUCGUUCAACCCUUUUGCUGGGAUUUUUUCAGCACCUUUAUCUUUCGAGGGUGUUCUUUUCCCCACUCAUGUUUACUCAGCUAUGAAUUGUCAAAGAAAGAAGUGCAUUACGUGUACAGUAAUGUUCCUAUUCUAGAUCUAGAUGUGAAAUUACAGCAUGCAAGCCCGUGAACCUGCAAACAUUUCCACACGUGCUUAACUUUAUUCAGAAGAGUAGUCCCCUUCAAGUCAAUGGGACUACUCACAUGCAUACAGCUAACCAUCUGCUUGCGUGUUUGCAGAAUCAGGGCCUAAAUAGCUGUAAAAAAACACAGUACACACAUGAAAAGCAGUUGUCUGAAUUGUUGUCCCUGCUGAAUUAGUGUAGAUCUGGUGUAAUGACUUUUUUUCAGCCACAAAUUGGGAUUUUUCUUUUCCUCCUGGAGCCUGGUGCAUUGUUUCAAGGAAUGAAAAUUAUACUCUCUUUCAAAGCAACAGUAAUCAAAUGAGAAAUACAAAAAUGGUUUGAUGGUUUGGAUUCUUUAAAGUUCUAGAUGACUUUAAUCGCACUUCUAUGCUCUGCCUCCCCUUAUGUACGGGGGACACAGCAACGAAGGAGAGCUGUGGCACCUCUAAUAAUUCUGCGCCAUAUUGUCCUCCCUUUGCUCACAUUGAGUAGUGCCUUACUUCCUGAGUAAUCCCAUUUAUUUCAGUGGAGACUAAGCUUGAGUGAGGGUGGCUGAAUAUUGGCCUUGGUAAUUAUAAAGAACUCAUGUCUGAUGGCAGGAUACAACGUAAUUAUGGAACCGUAUAAAAAGGCAUUAAAGGGGCAUAAUAAAUUCUGAAAUGUUGGUGAAAUGGGAAACUAGACCACUCCCACCUUCCAAAUAUACUAGAAUAAAACUGCUACCAAAAUUAGACUCCAGUCUUAUAAAUAUAUCGACACAUGCUUCACCUUACAUAUGAAUACUUUCACUGAAGUCAAUGGGACUACUCAUAUGUAAUGCAUGUGCUUACGUGUUUGUAGGAUUGUGGCCCUGGCAAUCAAAUUGAAACCCUUGAGCUGUAAUCAGAAGACUGUCACAGACUGACACUGGUAUAUGCAUGUGAGAUGAUGCUUUGGUACUGUGAGGUACUGCCAGCAAUAUACAUUAAUUCUGAAUGGCAGUGAACUGGUUAUGAUUUAAAUACUUAGAUAAUAAGAACUAUCAGCAUCUCCUUGAAUAAUGACUGUCAAGUACCAUGCAGUGAAAUCAAACCAGUGUGUCAACUCAGUGAAACAUUGUUUUGUUUUAAAUGGUCGAAUACCCAGUAUAUGCCAUAAAAGAUUUUUGUUAAUAUGUAUUAAAAUAGACAUGUUUGUAAAUAUACUGCUAUGAUGGUGUAAAAGAAGUUGUACAAAAAAUAUGAAGUGUAUACUGAAAGAGUUUAAAGAUUCUUAGUCACUACCUGUACAUAGCUUCAGAUUUUCAUCUUGGGCCUUGCAGUUAUUUCUGACAAAAUGUUUUUGUAUCUAAGCUAUAAAACUAUUAAUAAUGCAGAAUUGUCAUGUUCCAUUUGUCACCGUGCCUCAGUGGGUCACAGCUGAGAAUACCAGAUUCAGGACAAACUGCUGACAAACAGGGCAGACUCACCCCAAACUGGGGGUUAUUCUAUCAUGAGUUAUAUCAAGCCAGUAACAAAAGUAAACUUCUGUCUCACCACACUGGUUAACAAGAAGUCAAAAAUGCAGUUUCCUUAGGCAUUCUGGCCCCUAUUUCACCACCCAGACUCUAGACUUUAUGAUAAGUAGUUACUGAAAACCAAUUUCAUCAAAGGGUUCUCCUGAUCUCAAGAAAUCAGUCACAUACCCAGGUUAAUAUAUAACUCAUAUCUUACCCAAUAAUCAUGCUGCUGUCAAACCUUUAGUAGCUAAAAUCUAAAGGUAUAUUAAUAAAAGAAAAAGGAGAGUUAAAAUGGUUAAUAGAUCCUAUACAUACAUUAAUGGCAAUGCUCUUAUAGCAGGUUUGUAGCGGUGACGGUAUAGACUUCUGGCUUGUAAAGUCUCUGCUAACUUCCAAAAGGCUGGAAGAUCCUCAGUCAAUAGUCCAGUAUCCUCCUUUUAGUUGUAAGUCCAGAGAAUCAGAGCAGGAAAGAGGCAAAAGGGAGUUAUUUCAGGGAUCUUUUAUACCCUUUGCCACGUACCUGGAAAUGUACUGGUUCAAAACACAGCUCACUGCCUCUGUUUGUGGACAGUUACUGGCACAAGAUGGAGUCCAGGUCACAUGAGCAUAUCACAUGUCCUUACAUGGCUUGCUCACUCACUCACAGGGGGUAACCAUUGGUGCCCUGGAGGCUGAGGCUUCAGCAGGAAGAGGUAGCUGGGCUAUGGCCCAUUGUGAGAGUGAAGUGUCUUUGAUGGGUCCUCAAGCUUGAAUAGUUUAUUCACAAUGGCUAAGUAGACUGGAUAUAAACUACCUUGUGGGUGUUACCCCCGGAGCAAACACAUUUGAGAUACAGGUAUAUAGUCAAUAUUCAUAACUUCAGCUACAGUGGAUUUAAACAGGAUACAUGGAUUUAAACAGGAUAAUCUUAUUUAGCAAAUCAUAACAAUUCCAUUGACACCUUACAGGACAUACUUUGUACAAGAUUUGUUACAAUUGUCUUAACAGUAGCAAUAUCAAGGAUACACAUGGUCAUAUUUCAAUCAUACAGCAUCACACCAUUCUUUUGUUUAAAUGCGGCUAAUUUCUGUAUGUGUUUUACAAGAAAUGCUUCCUUUUUGCAGUAAGCUGGAGGGUGCUGCUUUGUGCCAAUGGGGUAAAAAGUGUCUGCUCCUGCUCCUAAUCCUUACUCAAGGAAGUAGCCACGGAAGUCAGUGUGACCACUUCCUUGAGUUAGAGGGAUUCCCCACCUUUCUGGUUGGAAAGCAGCACUUGAAUAUGGCUGAGUCAGAGAGACAGAUGGCACACUAAGUUAGCACCUGCACUUUGCUACUACUGUCCUGUCUCGUUUGCCCUAAAUUAUAUUAAAUUGCAAAUGUUCAAUGGCUGCUUCUGCCUGGGAGUCAGACCCUGACCUUGCCACUGAGGGAUGCUCCUUAUGACCCACAUAACAUUUGUUGGAAUUUAGACCCAGAUGCAUUUCCAGUAGCUUCUUAAUUUCAAGUGGAAUAAAAAUCCUACAUUUUGGAGCUAGCUUUAGUUGCUGUGGACCCAAUCUUGCAAACGCUUACACAUGUGCUUCCCUUUAAGGACACAAGUAGUUCCCAUUGACUUCAUGUUUACAGGACUGAGGUCUGUCUGCUAGAUAGUGUAACUGUACCAGCUACAUGUGAUGCUUGGUUAAACUAAACCUAAUAAAAAAUGUGUUUUUUCCUUAAGAAACAUCUAUCUAACUUUAAAUGGAAGUAGCAAUGAAUUGCUUGGUAGCCAUUUAACAUAAUAUAAAAGGAACUGAUGCAUUUAGUAUGUGGACUAGGGUAAUCUAUCAAAUUAACGUGUAUUGUGGUUUACAAUUAAAAUUCAUUGUUAAUUUGCAAAUACGACUCUUGCCAUUACAUGAAGGGCAGGAAACACAGCUGCAAAAAUAUUUUUCUUUUUAAAAAUUUUCAACUACUAACUUUCGUGGCCUAUUUGCCAUUAAAACCACAUUUGGAGGAGCAUCAACAUCUUAAAUGGUAACAGAUUCACACUAUUAGCAUGAACCCUUUCUGAAUUAAUUAAGCCAUUGCUUGCAGUAAUAUCUGGCUGUGGGAAAAAAUGGAAAAACUAAUUUGCCAUGCAUCACUUACAAAUUCUUAAGCAAAUUAUUUUCAAAUAGACUUUGCACAUCUACUGUCCAUGACACAUUUUUUAAAAAAUUCUAAUAUAUCACUGUCAGGCAAACCUACAGCAAUGUAAAGGUUGAAUUGCUUUGUAUUAGAUAACAGUAUUUGUACUUCCUGCAGCUUGGGGAAGGAAAUUACUGUUUAUCUUACUAAAUAUGAUGAAUUCUACAGCAGAAAAAUAAAUGGAUAAAUAUGGGUAAAGGUUACACUAUAACCUGAAUGCAGCAUGGCUAGUGUUUAUUGACUUCUCUUCUCUCUUGUUUUAAAAACAUUGUGCCUGAGUGUUUUCUUUACCUAGAAUUCCAGUGUUCUUUGUAGAUAUAUGUAUAGAUAAUUUGGCCCUGAACUGAAGUUGUUGGAGUUGUAUGGGAUUUAAUCUCAGGAAAGAAUUUGACCUAUCAUAGGUAUUACACACUGAUUUGCACCACAUUCUUCCCUCUCUAAAUUACUGUAUAUUCUUAUUUCUAGAAUGUGCAGCAUUAUCAUGGUGCUCUCAUGAUGUAAGUGCUUCCUUUUUAAUGUAAACCAUUGUACAUGAAGUGAAUGUCUCGAGAUUUUUAUUAUAGAAACAUGUUAUUAAAAGGAAAGCAAAUGGACAGAAUUUCAUAUACGCAAGGCACCAGCUCUGAAAGACCUGGUGGGGAUCAGGUCCCGAAUGUCUUCCACCUGGUUCUCUGAACCUCAGAAAGGUAAGAAUCCACUUCUUUCUCUAGCCAGUUCUUCCUCUGUGGUGUCCUAAUCAUCACCAACCUUUUCAGUGUGGGUUUGUGAUAAAUGAAGGGGUAGGGGAAGCUCCUUUUUAUGAACACCUGGCCAGCCAGUUGCUAUAAAAUCCUUCUUAGUAGCUGUUCUCUAAUUUCUCUACCUGUAAAGGGUUAAAAAGUCUCACUGUUAUGCAUAGGUAAAAGGAAGUGAGUGGGCACCUGGCCAAAAGAGCCAAUGGGAAGGGUAGAACUUUUUCAAAUUGAAAAAAGACUCCCCUAUUGUCUGUCUGUCUGUCUGUUCUCCCGGGGAGAGGCGGACAGGGCAGCAGUUAUGCUGUACGAAGCUUGGGCCACACAUGAAAAAAUCAUCAGUAUCAUACCUAGAAACUACUCAUUUAAAACCCCAGAUAUGUAAGUAGAUCAGGAAAUGUCGAGGAAGACGCGAUUCAGUUUAUCCCUUUUAUUUCGUUAUGGCUUGUGGAUUCCUCUGUGCUAGCCCCAGGUGCUUUUGUUUUGCUUGUAACCUUUAAACUGGACCUCAAGAAAGCGAUUCUUAGUGCUUAAUUCUUGU